CCACCUGCCUCUCUCCCACCUCCCCGUUCAACGAAGUGUGACGAGUUCAUCGCCAUGACCCAGGAAGUCAUCCCCCUCAAGACCGCUCGAAUCGUCACUCUCCAGUUGACGGCGGCUCUCGCUACCGUCGCUGCCUGCAUUGGGUUGCACGCGUUGGUGAAGAGUAACCAGUCCAAGACUGCGUUGAGGAGUAGGGUCUCCCCUCCCACGAGACUCGUCAUCGAUACCAGCUCCAUCCAAAACUCCGGUAUCGUCGCGACAGUCGGAAACAUCCUCCUCGCUUCCUUCGCUUUCAUCUCCUUCUGUAUCACCUUCCUUCCUUUCCUUCGCCGCUGGGCCAACAAAACCCUUCGCCUCCAAGCUGGCUUGAUCGCCUUCAGCGCCGUCUGGGUCUUCGUUUGCAUGAUCCCCUUCAUGAAAUACUUUGUCAAUGACCAUGCCUCCAUCUCGGCAUUCAUCGGCGAAACCAGGCUUCCUGACUCUUUGGUGCAAAGUAUGCAGGAGAAGAGUGGACACUCGACCCGGUACAAGGACAUGUGGUAUCUCCGAUUGCUCGCCAUCUUCCCCUGGCUCUCUAUCGCCUCGGCCAUCAUCACUGUCCCCGUUCUCUUGAAGGCCGCAUCCGCCACUGCAUCAACGACACCAGCCACUGAGGAAUCUUCAUCUGCAAAGGAAACCAUCGAACAUUCAGAGAAGGCUUAUUAAACGUUCAGGACUCGACUGUUUAAUUUAUCUCUUCCAUUUCACGCACGUUUGGAUGACGCCCUUUUAUGACCUGUU